AUGUCGACGGAGCGCCUAGUGCCCGGCGAUGGCCACAACCUCGUGGUGCUGGCCAGGCUGGAGGCCACCGGCAUGAAGACCGUGAGCGGCUACUCGUCCGCGUACGACGACGUGUUCCCGACAGCGCUGGACGGGAUCAUAUCGAGGAGGGAGUUCAAGUUUUGCGUCGACGUGCUCAACCAGACCGUGGAGGACUACUUCCCGUGCCUCCCAUGCUACGGCUGCGGAUAUUUAUGGUGCUUUACAACGUGCGGGAUCUCGCUCUGCUUCUCAGAGCCGUGCACCAAACAGCUCUCAGACAACCUGGAACUGGUGCUGCGUCGACUAAACAACCGGGAAGAGCUGCUGUAUCGAGGUGUCGUGUGGAGUCUCAAGCGCUGUCAGCGGACACACACAUCCUGGAUAGAGAUCGCGCAACUUGUGUACGAAUGA